AGCUUGUUCGCCGAAACGACCAAUAGGAGGAGAAAGAGGUAGGGCGAGGCCACUCCAGCCCCGCCUCCCGCCGUGAGGCGAGGUGGGGCCCGGACUCGGUGACUGAAGCCGCCGGGCGACGAGAGAUGGCGGCGCAGCUGGAGCAGUCCCCGCUCACCGGGGUGGCCUGGGCUUCCAGUCCCGGCGCGGCGCCCUUCGGCUGGACACCGAUCACCUCAACCCUGGAAGGAGCCACAGCCAACUUCGGGAAAGGAUUUGGGCAGAAAUCAGGCUACGUCUUGUGCAUCACCUCCACGGCGGCCAGUGAAACCUCCCCAGGCGAUGUGGUAGCUGAUGUACAGAUCCUGAGCGAGAAAACGCCUCUGCCUACAGGAUACAUUUACAUUAGGGAGUUCUUAGAACCAAAAACGUCCAUUUCCAAGAAGAAACGAAUUUGUGUGAAGCUUGUCCCAUUAGGUGUGGCCGAACUAGUUGUUUUUGACAUUAUGCUGAGUGGCAAGAGUAAAGUGGUUCCAUGCUAUAUGAAGAUAGGAGAAAUUAGCAGCUUUGCUGUUUGGUGUAAAAAGGGGCACCUUCUCAAACCUAAACCCCUUCCAAAACCAAGGAAUAUCGGUCCAGCAAUGAAGGGGCUUUCACUGGAGACAACAGACCUGGAUAACAAAAAGACAGAAAUUUCAUCGGAAAAGUCUUUGACUAGAAUUGGCUCAAAAUAUGUAUCCCUCAAACGCGAUGAUUCCAUUUAUGAUACAUCUAACCUCUAUGGCAUUUCAGCCAUGGAUGGGGUCCCUUUCGCACUACACCCCAGAUUUGAAAGCAGCCUCACUACUAGGACUAAUGCCUUUUCCAUCUUCACGGACUUGAACAUUAAGUCUCUUUCUGACAUUGAGAAGGAGUAUGACUAUGCCUUUGUAGUUGAAAGGACUGCGGCUGCCAGACUACCACCCAGCAUCUGUUAGCAUCGAGCAGCACAGAGUACAUGUCCCUUCUAGCAGAUAAAGUUACAUUCUGCCUACUAAAUCAUUCCAGUGAGGCUGUCUGUUGCCACAGGUGCAUAAACUGCACCACCCAAUGUGCUGGACUCAGUUCUCUAAAGGACACUCCUGUAAAGAACUGAAUGAACUCUGCUUCUGCCUUCUCAUUUUGUAAUAUUUAAAUCUGUAAUUCACUUGGUGCUCUCUAGUUUUGAUAGAUUAUAUUCACAAGCAAAAUCAAAUAAGUGCGUUUAUGCUUGCAGCCUAGGGCUAUGUCUACACUGCAAUAAAAGACCCAGGCAUGGCCACAGCUGGCUUGGGUUGGUGGGCUAAAAACAGCAGUGGAGAGGCUUGGGCUGGACCCUGGGCUCUGAGACCCCGCACCCCCGAGUCAUGAGGUUGCAGAGCCAGGGCUCCAGUCCAAACCCAAACAUCUACACUACAAUUUUUAAACCUGCAGCCAGGCAGCUGACCCUGGGUCUAAAACUCGCUGCUGUUUAUAUUUUACUAUAGUGUCCAGUAUUCCACUGUCACCUGCAUUGAGUUCUCCAUGGAAGCUAAGAUUUAUUUUUUGGGGGGGGAGAAGACAUACUGAUGUUAUCUGGUAAACAUCUUGCACAAGUUUUCGGGGGUUUGCCCUAGGUUUUACUUUUGUGUAGCAGCCAGCAAGACACUAAUGUUUUGUUCAGUCUGUGUUUAAAGAUUAAUGAACAUUGGGUAGUGAACAUUUUUCCUUCUGGAUGUUGCCCCUGGUAAGGUAACUUUGUUUUUAUUUUCAAGGACAACUUUUUAUACAGCAGAAAUACUAAGCAAACUAAGGGCUUAAAGAUAUGUUGCUGAUAUUGUCAUACUAAUUAAAACCAGUCUUUGUUCAA